AUGCCUGUGGAACGGACUCUGGGGAAGGAGGUGAAUGUUGAUUUGCACACAAGUGCGGGGCAGCCGUACGACGUUCAGCAGCUGCAGUCCGAAUUCCAUGCCAUCUCGCCCGCCGAAGCGUAUGGGGAGCUUUGCCAGCGCUUUCAGUGCCAUGCCAUCGCAGCUGUUGCCGCCAUGUUUCCCAGUGGCGUGGGCCAGUGGAAUGGGACCACGGAGCUAAACCUUUCGCGACUGUACGUGGGGCCAAAGGGCGUCCGACCGGUGGUGGAGAUGUGCAAACGACUCCCCGCACUGCGGUCGUUUAACUGCGCCAACAAUUAUCUGACAAACGACUCGGUUUACUUCAUUACACGGAUGGCAAUGUUUCACCCGGCGUUGGAGAGGAUUGAACUUAGCUACAAUGAGUUUAUCUCAUGGACGGGGGGCACGUUUUUGACGGAGCUGGUGGUGCGCAACACAAACAUAAAGGAGGUUGGCAUUCGCUCCACGGCGAUCCCGACACGCGUUGCGGAGGCGGUAUUUGAACAGACGCGACGUAAUUGCGUCCUCGCGUACCAAGCGGUAGGGCGAAUGCCAAAACCAACCAAUCAUCCAGCCGCUAUUCAUAUGCGGACCAUGAAACGAUUUUUUAUGGAUAUCCAGGAGAACGGUACUGUUCCCGUCUCGGCCCUUGUCGAUGGAUUUCGCGAGCGCCUUCGUAUUCUCGGGCAAGAGCGGGACCUCAGCAAGUACACAGAAAGCUUCUUUGAGACUCUCUGCCGGCAAGUACCACAGGACCGCAUUACCUGGGAGGCAUUUAUUGUAACGCUGCGAACGGAUGGCAGUUUGUAUGACGCGGAAUUUGUGAAAAAGGUUCAGCGUGUCUUUUUAGAAUUUAAUAUUGAGCCUUCAGCAGGGACGGAGGGCUUUGUAGAGGUACGAGAUCUUGCCGCCAUGUUUACGCGUCUUUACGGUGAACCACCGACGUCGAAGGAACUCGCCAGUAUGCGGAGUUUGUUGGGACUCAAUGAUACCAUGACGCUUCACUGGGAUGAGUUUUUGCCGUUGAUGUACAUUCGGGGUCCAAAGGAUAAGUGCAUGGCUAUGGGAUGGAAUCUCUCUCCACUUUACAUCCCAACGAUGCUGCACUUUUGA